AUGGCGGCCGGCGGCGGCGGAGGCAGCAGUAAGGCCUCCUCCUCGUCGGCCUCCUCGGCAGGGGCCCUGGAGUCCUCGUUGGAUCGAAAGUUCCAGUCGGUCACCAACACCAUGGAAUCCAUUCAAGGCCUGUCGUCUUGGUGUAUAGAGAACAAGAAGCACCACGCCACCAUCGUCUACCACUGGAUGAAGUGGCUCCGGAGAUCUGCCUAUCCCCACCGUUUGAAUCUCUUUUACCUUGCCAAUGAUGUCAUCCAGAACUGUAAAAGGAAAAACGCAAUCAUAUUCCGUGAAUCAUUUGCUGAUGUACUUCCUGAAGCUGCUGCUCUAGUAAAGGAUCCAUCUGUCUCUAAAUCUAUAGAACGAAUCUUUAAAAUCUGGGAGGACAGAAAUGUUUACCCAGAAGAAAUGAUUACGGCAUUAAGAGAAGCUUUAAGUACCACUUUCAAAACUCAGAAGCAGCUGAAAGAAAAUCUGAACAAACAACCGAAUAAGCAGUGGAAGAAAUCACAAACAUCCACGAAUCCAAAAGCUGCUCUCAAAUCUAAGAUAGUUGCUGAAUUUCGAUCUCAGGCCCUCAUUGAAGAGCUGUUGCUAUACAAGCGCUCAGAAGAUCAGAUAGAAUUAAAGGAAAAACAGCUGUCAACUAUGCGUGUGGAUGUGUGUAGCACAGAAACUCUCAAAUGCUUAAAAGAUAAGACCGGUGGGAAGAAGUUCUCCAAAGAAUUUGAGGAGGCAAGCGCCAAGCUGGAGGAAUUUGUGAAUGGAUUAGAUAAGCAGGUGAAAAGUGGGCCCUCACUCACAGAAGCACUGGAAAAUGCUGGAAUUUUCUAUGAAGCACAAUACAAAGAAGUAAAAGUGGUGGCCAACGCAUACAAAACCUUUGCUAAUCGAGUAAACAAUUUAAAGAAAAAACUGGAUCAAUUGAAAUCAACCCUUCCUGAUCCAGAAGAAUCACCAGUUCCUUCCCCAAGUAUGGAUGCUCCCUCCCCAACUGGUUCUGAGUCUCCUUUUCAAGGAAUGGGAGGUGAGGAAUCCCAGUCACCAGCUGCAGAGAGUGAGAAAUCUGCCACACCUGAGCCGGCAACAGAUAAUCGUGAUGUGGAAGACAUGGAACUCUCAGAUGUAGAAGAUGAUGGGUCAAAAAUUAUUGUAGAGGACAGGAAGGAAAAACCUGUGGAGAAGUCGGCUGUAUCCACUUCUGUACCUACAAAGCCAACAGAAAGUAUCUCAAAGGCCGCUUCGUGUACCCCAGUGCCUGUGACCAUGACAGCAACCUCGCCUCUACCAAAGCCUGUGAAUACUUCUCUUCUUUCCCCUUCUCCAGCAUUGGCUUUGCCAAACCUGGCUAAUGUGGAUCUGGCAAAGAUCAGUUCCAUCCUUAGUAGCCUAACAUCAGUCAUGAAAAAUACAGGGGUCAGUCCUGCAUCAAGACCUUCUCCAGGAACUCCUACGAGUCCUAGCAACCUCUCCAGUGGCCUGAAAACACCUGCCCCUGCCACGACAACAUCUCACAACCCUCUGGCAAACAUCCUCUCAAAAGUGGAAAUCACCCCAGAGAGCAUUCUGUCUGCUCUUUCCAAAACCCAGACUCAGUCAGCCCCUGCCCUGCAAGGCCUGUCAUCUUUGCUUCAGAGUGUCACUGGGAACCCCGCUCCAGCCAGUGAAGCUGCUUCCCAGAGCACUUCGGCUUCCCCUGCCAACACCACUACAGUGUCUAACGUAAAAGGGAGAAAUCUGCCCUCCAAUACCCAGUCCUUCAUUCCCAAGAGCUUCAACUAUUCUCCUAACUCAUCGGCAUCUGAAGUCUCUUCAACUUCAGUCAGCAAGGCCUCCAUGGGGCAAAGCCCAGGGCUUCCAAGCACUACAUUUAAGCUGCCGUCCGCCUCUCUGGGGUUCACAGGCGCCCACAACAACAGCCCUGCUGCCCCGCCUCCUGAAGUUGCCAUGUGCCAAUCUUCAGAGAUCUCCAAGCCAAAGCUGGAGUCCGAGUCCACCUCCCCAAGCCUGGAAAUGAAGAUCCAUAACUUCUUAAAAGGUAAUCCUGGUUUCAGUGGCUUAAACUUAAACAUCCCAAUCCUGAGCAGUCUGGGGUCCAGUGCCCCGUCAGAAAGCCAUCCCGCAGACUUCCAGCGUGGCCCUACUAGCACUUCAGUGGACAACAUUGACGGAACCCCUGUGCGGGAUGAACGCAGUGGGACGCCCACCCAGGAUGAGAUGAUGGACAAGCCCACGUCCAGCAGUGUAGAUACCAUGUCCCUGCUCUCUAAGAUCAUUAGCCCUGGUUCUUCAACACCCAGCAGUACGAGAUCACCACCCCUGGGGCGAGAGGAAAGCUACCCCCGGGACCUCUCCAAUUCUGUACCGACAUUUCGACCCUUUGGCCUGGCCAGUGAACCGCCCUAUAAGCAGCCUUCUGAUGGAAUGGAGAGACCAUCUUCCCUGAUGGACUCUUCCCAGGAGAAGUUCUAUCCAGAUACUUCUUUCCACGAAGAUGAGGAUUACCGAGAUUUUGAGUACUCAGGGCCUCCACCUUCUGCCAUGAUGAACCUAGAGAAGAAACCAGCCAAGUCUAUCCUGAAAUCCAGCAAGCUUUCCGAGACUGCCGACUACCAGCCAAUCCUGUCCAGUUACAGCCACAGGGCCCAAGAAUUCGGGGUAAAGUCUGCCUUCCCUCCAGCUGUAAGGGCCCUCCUGGACUCUAGUGAGAACUGUGACCUCCUCUCACCUUCCCCGGGGCUGUUUGGUGCCUUCAGCAUCAGAGGGAAUGAGCCUGGGUCUAACCGGUCACCGUCACCGAGUAAGAACGAUUCCUUUUUCACCCCCGACUCCAACCACAAUAGCUUGUCUCAGCCUGCCGCUGGGCACCUCAGUUUGCAGCAGAAGCAGUACCCAGACUCUCCUCACCCGGUCCCACAGCGUUCCCUUUUCUCUCCGCAGAACACCCUUGCUGCUCCCACGGGCCUCCCGCCCGCAUCGGGCGUGGAGAAAGUCCUGGCCUCCACCAUUUCCACCACGUCGACGAUUGAGUUUAAGAACAUGCUUAAAAACGCCUCCCGAAAGCCCUCGGACGAUAAGCAUUUUGCCCAGGCCCCCGGCAAGGGCUCCUCCGGUGACGGGGUCAGUCUCUCAAACCUCCCCCAGCCCAGCCUGCCGGCCACGGAGCAGCAGCAAGAAGAGCACUACCACCGCAUCGAGACCCGCGUGUCCUCCUCCUGCCUGGACUUGCCGGACAGCACGGAAGAGAAGGGCGCCCCCAUAGAAACCCUGGGUUACCGUAACGCAGCCAACAGGAGGAUGUCCGGGGAGCCCAUCCAGACCGUCGAGUCCGUCCGAGUUCCUGGGAAGGGGAAUCGAGGACACGGGCGCGAGGCCUCCAGGGUGGGCUGGUUUGACCUGAGCUCCUCGGGCAGCUCUUUUGACAACGGCCCCUCCAGCGCCUCCGAGUUGGCGUCCCUUGGGGGUGGGGGCAGCGGAGGCCUCGCUGGCUUUAAAGCGGCACCAUACAAGGAUCGGGCACCCCCGUUUCAGGAAAGUGUCGGCAGCUUUCGCUCCAACAGUUUCAACUCGACAUUUGAGCAUCAUCUCCCCCCGUCCCCCUUGGAACACGGGGCGCCCUUCCAGAGGGAGCCCGUGGGGCCGGCCGCUGCCCCGCCCGCCCCUCCCAAGGAUCGCGGUGGUGUCUUCUCCCGAGACGCAGCCGCUCACCUGCCCUCUGUGGAUCUCUCGAACCCCUUCACCAAGGAGGCCGCCUUGGCCCAUGCCGCCCCGCCCCCCCCUCCUGGAGAGCACGGCGGAGUUCCUUUCCCCACCCCGCCCCCUGCAGCCCCCGGGGAGCACAGCAGCAGCGGAGGGAGUGGUGUCCCCUUCUCCACUCCGCCCCCUGGUGACCACUCGGGGGUGGUGCCCUUCCCAGCCCCCCCACUGGCAGAGCACGGAGCGGCAGGAGCAGUGGCAGUGUUUCCCAAGGACCAUAAUUCUCUCCUUCAAGGGGCCUUGGCUGAUCAUUUUGGGGUGCUCCCAGGACCCAGGGACCAUGGGGGCCCCACCCAACGGGACCUCAACGGCCCUGGCCUUAGCCGUGUGCGGGAGGGCCUGAGCCUGCCCUCCCACUCUCUGGAGCACCUGGGCCCGGCCCAUGGCGGCGGUGGGGGAGGCAGCAACAGCAGCGGCGGCCUCCCCUUGGGCCCCUCACACAGAGACAUCAUCAACCGGAGCGGUCUGGUUUUGCGGAACCCCCGGCCAGACUUCCGGCCUAGGGAGCCUUUUCUCGGCAGAGACCCGUUCCACAGUCUAAAGAGACCCAGGCCGCCUUUUGUUAGGGGCCCUCCGUUCUUUGCACCAAAACGCCCAUUCUUCCCUCCCAGGUACUGA